AUGACCAAAGCAGAGCUGCGACAUCAAAAAUGGUGUGUUUCUUUCGCCGACCUGGUGCAGUGGCCGGAAAAGAAGCUUAUCACAUAUCUGAUUUCUAUUGGAAUCCUGUGGAAGUUCGUGCGAUGCCCCCACUGCAAGACUGGUAAAGUUUGCACGCUUUCUUUCAUAGAUCUCGCGGGUGGGUGCAGCGGUGCAAGGGAUGGAAGUGUCGUAAGUUCAUCUUACCACAUUCCCGGCACCCAUUUUUUUACGUGUGCUUGGGGACAGGCCCACAUACCUUUGCGACAGCAAGUGCAAGUAUUGUUCUGCAACGCUGCAAGACUGGGAUCCGGCCAAGUCCACAUUCUCACAGGGCUCGGUGCGAAGGCAGUUCAGUCAUUGUCGCAGCGGUGGCGGCAGGCUUUGGUUCGGUUCGUUGAGCAGCAGCAAGACAGUAAGCCUUUCGGACAUCUGCAGCGCUGGGUAGAGUGUGAAGUCGACGAGGUGACUUUACGAGGAAAGCGCUGUGGCAACAGGGUAGCAUGGCACCAAUAUCUUGGGCUUCUGGAAAGAGGAAAUCGCAGAAGCUUGGUCCUUGUGAAGAUGAAGAUUCGAACCACAUCUGUCAAGAGGACUGGCUCAGGCAAGGGAUCCACGGGCCCAGCAGGCCCGAUCUCGAAGGAGGACUGGAAACGUAUUGGAUCUCGCUACUUGAAAAAUCGCAAAAUCUUGUUGCACUCUGAUGGUGCCAGAGCUUAUCGGUAUGUCAAGAUUCCAGGUGUGGUGACAGAUGCUGUCAAGAACAAGAAGCUUAGACCGGUAUACGCAGCCUUAUGGAAGCAUCGGCUACCUCGUGACCAGGCAAAAGCACUCGCUGGCAGCUUGAAGCAAAGCGAGACGGAUGUCAUGUGGGUUCAAAAGGGUACGCAACUCAUAGAUAAUGUGUGGCGGCAGUGGCGGCAACUGAAGCUUGUCGGCUUACCCAAAAGUACCAAAGCCGAUGAGGCCACGAUUGAAAGCAGAGUCCGGGAAUUCCAGCUUCACCAUUGGAACGCCGAAGUAGACAAGUUCAACGCCGCCAGCUCCGUAGUGGCUGCGCACUACUCCACUAUGUUCUGCUGA